AGAUAAAGUUUCCAUUUUUUUUCUUACAGGGAAAGAAACUUUAAAAAAAGUAUUCUGGGAGAGGAGACGCGUGCCAACCAAGCGCGAGCUCAGUUUCUCCAAACAAGAGCCGAGAAAAAGUCCGUCUCCUCGUCUGAAAGGAUCUAUCAUCUGCUGGAACCACGGCUUCCACGGUGGACACCGUUUUCUCCUCUCUAUCCCUGCAUUUCUUCAAGAAAGAAAUGGAAGAGGGCUCCAGUUCCCCGGUCUCCCCUGUGGAUAGUCUGGUGACGAGCGAGGAGGAGCUGGAGCGGCAGCAGCACAAGCAGCGCUUCUCCAGGAAGAGGAGGCACAGCAGCAAGAGGUCCGGCGGGGAGGACAGCGGCGGGAGCAGCCCGGCCGCCGGGAAGCGGGGCAAGAAGCCCAGCCCGAGCGGCGCGCAGUCCUACGAGGAGCUGCAGAACCAGCGGGUCCUGGCCAACGUCCGGGAGCGGCAGCGGACCCAGUCCCUGAACGAGGCCUUCGCGUCUUUGCGCAAAAUCAUCCCCACGCUGCCGUCGGACAAACUCAGCAAGAUCCAGACUCUGAAGCUGGCCUCCAGGUACAUAGACUUCCUGUGUCAGGUGCUGCAGAGCGACGAGAUGGACAACAAGAUGUCCAGCUGCAGCUACGUGGCGCACGAGAGACUCAGUUACGCGUUCUCCGUGUGGAGGAUGGAGGGCGCGUGGUCCAUGUCAGCAUCUCACUAGCACCCAGAGACCUUCACAAACAAUGCCAAAGCGGUGUGUGUGUGUGUGUGUGUGUGAAUGCAGAUUGGAUCUGAAAGCAGCACCAACAGAAGAUCCAUACAGUUGUGUGCGUUUUCCAGCCUGUAUUUCUUUUUAUUCUGUUUUUGCAAAAAAUAUAUAUAUUUUGUUUUUUUCUUAAAGAGUUUAAAAAGUAUAAAAAUCUUUAUAAGAAUGCAUUUUGUACAUAUUUGUGUUGCUGUUCUGUAAAAGGGACCAGUGCAGGUCUGACUCUGUCUGCAUGGGGUUGAUUUCACUGACUUUCUUUAAGUCUCCAUCUGAAAUUUGUCUAAUUUACACUGUCUUUUUUUAUUUAUUAAACAGUUUUUUUAAACGAA